CGCCUUCGAUUGAAUAAUAGUAAUACAAUGCUGAAUGCAUCAUGAUAAACCCUAGACGCCCAGACCGCCUUUCCUUCAGUUUGCUGCCCCCCAGACAAAGAGAAAAACUCUCCCAAAAGGAAACCCAGACGCAACCGCAGAGGAAGCAGAAAGCAGUCAGAGAUGGGGAAAUCCAUUAGAUCGAAGCGGGAGAAGAGGCUGAGAGCCAUUAGAAGGGACAUGAUUCAACCCCUUUACGACAAGAUAGACGAAGCCAAGCUUGCAGCCAUUCAAGCAGCGCUCGCCGCUCCAAAGCUCCCCGUCAAGCCCUCGCCGUUCGAAUCUUCCUCAAUGGACACUUCCACUGUUAACAUCGUUGAUUCAACCCCGACUGCCAACGCUGAUGAUGGCAUGCUUCAGACCACCAACGCUGCUGGUGAUUUUGAAAUGGAUGACGAGAACGGCAAGAAGUCUGCAAAGCCAUGGGGGAAGAAGCUGAAGAAGAAGUUCAAGCUUGCCAGAAACAAACGCCGCGGUGGCAAGGGUAACUUCAAGCUCAAGAAGAGACGAUCUUAAUCUGUGCGACACUGCAACCAAAUUUUUGGCCUUUCCUUUCGUUUCUGCUGUUUGGAGUGAUCAUUCAGAGACAUGUUAGCUAUAGGCUUUGAAUUAGACCGUUGUGGCGGUGUUUUGUUCUGAUGCUCUACGCUAUGACAUUAUCAUU